AUGCCUCAAGAGAUGGACCGCUGCACCUUCGAAUACGCGGAGCUUAAGGGGAAGGCGUAUUUCUCCGCUUUCGGGAAGGUCACCAAAGAGUUUCUUCGUGCUUUCCGCGACAACAAGCACUACGAAGUGAUUCUCAGUGCCUUUCUCCAGCGUCUCUUCGUAGACCCGGAGAACAUCAGCUCAGAGAACUACAGGCAUUUGGAGACCACCUUGGUUGAUCGCGUUAAUGCCAUCCUUGCCGAGGAGCGCGCGCACGAUAAGGAGCGCCUCGCAAAGGGCCGCAAGCCCGUGUACGAGCUGCAACAGGACGAUGAGGAGGAAGAGGAGGAGGAAGAGCCGGCUCUCACUGAGGCUGAGAUCCAGCGGCAGGAGCAGGAACGUCUGGAACGGGAGCGGCUGGAGGAGGAACGCAUCGCCGCACGGGAAGCGGAGCGGCUGCGCAACGAGGAGGCCCUGCGGGCGCGCGCCCGCCAAGUCGACAAGGAGGCGAUGGAGAAGGUGCUGCAGCAGGCGGUGUUGCUGAACCCCGGGCAUCUGAAGCCCAAGAUGGGGGGCAAGCAGCGGCAACAGCAGCAGCAGGAGUCCGCAUCGGCGGAGCGCCUGCUUGAGUUGGAGUCGCAGGUGGCGCACCUCUACAAGGAGAAGNGCAACAGCAGCAGCAGGAGUCCGCAUCGGCGGAGCGCCUGCUUGAGUUGGAGUCGCAGGUGGCGCACCUCUACAAGGAGAAGGAGCGGUUGCAGACAGUGCUGCACACCAGCGAGGAUGAGUUGCCCGCCAAGCUGGCAGAGGCGAAGGAACAACUCGCUGCUGGUGUGGCUAAGUUGA